CUGUUACUUCAGAUUAACUUGAGUAGAAAAUCAAAGGACCCCUGCUCUCCUCCUGUACUCUCCCCGCCGGGCCCGCACGAUGGCGGAAGCCGCUGCGGGCGCCAGCGGAGAGGCUAUGGCGGCAAUGGUGGCAGCGGAAGGCUCCGCAGGCCCGCCGGGCUUGACUCUGGGCCGGAGCUUUGCGGGCUACCGGCCUUUCGAGCCCCAGGUGUUGGGUCUCAGCCCGAGCUGGCGGCUGACGGGCUUCUCCGGCAUGAAAGGCUGAGGUUGCAAAGUCCCCCAGGAGACGCUGCUCAAACUCCUGGCGGGACUGACGGGGCCGCACGUGCGGCCCCGACUGGGCUCCAGCCUGGUCGGAAGCCAAGAAGAGGCGGCCCAGGAAACUGGCCUGCCCCCCGGGGCGGGCCCCGGCCGGGCCUCCCCAACCCUGAGCAUUGGGAUGGACUCCUGCGUCAUCCCCCUGAGACAUGGGGGCCUUUCGCUGGUGCAGACCACCGACUUCUUCUACCCCUUGGUGGAAGAUCCCUACAUGAUGGGGCGCAUAGCUUGUGCCAACGUGCUAAGUGACCUCUACGCCAUGGGCAUCACUGAAUGUGACAACAUGUUAAUGUUACUCAGUGUCAGCCAGAAUAUGAAUGAGGAGGAGCGAGAAAAGGUAACGCCACUCAUGAUCAAAGGCUUCCGGGAUGCUGCUGAGGAGGGAGGAACUGCAGUCACUGGUGGACAAACUGUGGUGAACCCUUGGAUUAUCAUCGGUGGAGUUGCCACUGUGGUAUGUCAGCCAAAUGAAUUCAUAAUGCCUGACAGUGCGGUUGUAGGAGAUGUACUUGUGUUAACCAAACCCUUAGGGACUCAGGUUGCGGUCAAUGCCCACCAGUGGCUGGAUAAUCCUGAGAGGUGGGAUAAAAUAAACAUGGUGGUCUCCAGAGAAGAAGUGGAGCUGGCCUAUCAGGAGGCUAUGUUCAACAUGGCUACACUAAACAGAACUGCUGCUGGGUUGAUGCACACAUUCAAUGCUCAUGCGGCUACAGAUAUCACGGGCUUUGGCAUUUUAGGACAUUCUCAAAACCUUGCAAGACAACAAAGAAAUGAGGUGUCAUUUGUCAUUCAUAAUCUGCCAAUCAUUGCCAAGAUGGCUGCUAUCAGCAAGGCCAGUGGGCGGUUUGGACUCCUUCAAGGAACCUCAGCUGAAACCUCUGGGGGAUUACUGAUUUGUCUGCCAAGAGAACAGGCUGCCCGCUUUUGUUCUGAAAUCAAAUCUUCCAAGUACGGUGAGGGUCACCAAGCUUGGAUUGUCGGCAUUGUGGAAAAGGGAAACCGAACAGCCCGUAUCAUUGACAAGCCUCGAGUUAUAGAGGUCCUACCUCGUGGGGCCGCAGCUCCUGCUCUUGCUCCUGAUAAUUCCAACGCCUCUUGUGAGCAUAGCUUGUGAACUGGAACAGCAGCAGUUGUGGGGAACUUGGCACCUUUGUGCACAAUUUUGGACAAUUCUCAAGAGUUGAUUUUAAGCAGUUUACUAAGAAGGCUGCCUGCAUAGUAGUUCAGCUACUCUUUCUAAAGGAUUUAAAUGAGCCCAUCCAAAGCUGCCUGUAUGUACAAGGCCAGAAGUAACAUUUUGAACUUGAGAGGACAUGUGUUCAUCUUUUGGGUGAAUGAGAAACAGGAAAAUCUUUCCUAUUUCCAAAGCAAGAUGAGGCUAUUCCAGUUUGAGGAAUUUUCCUUUGCACUGGAUUGAUUAAUAUCUGCACAGGGAGUGAGAUUAAAAUUGCAUAAGAAGUAAAUUGAAAAAUAAUUAGAAGCAAAUAAGUUUGGACCAAUACUGUUUAUAAAUUUGAAUUGUUAAGAGAGAUCUUACUAUGUAAUGCCAAAUUCUGGUUUAGGUUUUUCUGAGGAAUUGGCCCUUUCCUGCUCUGGACAAGAAUUGAGCAGCUUGUCCAAUGACUGGGAAAAGAGGACCUGCAGCCAUCUGACUUGGUCUCUGUUAAUGAUGUCUCUCCUUGUAAAUUCCAUUAAGGAUUGGGAGAGGUGGAACAAGCCCCAGAGCCCAGGCCUUGGUGGUUAUUAAAAUGUGUUGAAAGAUUCCUGCUGAUUUAAUUAAAGAGUGAUUUCUAGUUAAAUAAAAGACUAUUG